AUGCUGGAAACUGGAGGAUGGCAAGAGGCUGAAGCACAGCACGGGAAAGCGAUGGAGAUCUCAAAGGACCGGCGGCUGGAGAAACUGGGGCGCCGGCGCAAGUUCCGGGCUGUGGUGGAGAAGCAGGCUCAGGACAAGGAGAUGGGCCCCAACCCGUCGGUGCUGUUUCUGCACCCUGACCUGGGUGUGGGUGGUGCCGAGCGGCUGGUCCUGGACGCGGCGCUGGCACUGCAGGCGCGAGGGUGUAGCGUGAAGAUCUGGACGGCACACUACGACCCGAGCCACUGCUUCGCCGAAAGCCGCGACCUACCGGUCCGCUGCGCUGGGGACUGGCUGCCGCGCAGCCUGGGCUGGGGCGGCCGUGGCGCCGCUGUCUGUGCCUACGUGCGCAUGAUCUUCCUGGCGCUCUACGUGCUCUUCCUCGGCGACGAGGAGUUCGACGUGGUUGUGUGCGACCAGGUGUCUGCCUGUAUCCCAGUGUUCAAGCUGGCCAGACAGCCUAAGAAGAUCCUGUUUUAUUGUCACUUCCCAGAUCUGCUGCUCACCAGGAGAGAUUCUUUUCUUAAACGCCUGUACAGGGCCCCAAUCGACUGGGUGGAGGAACACACCACAGGCAUGGCAGACUGCAUCUUGGUCAACAGCCAGUUCACAGCUGCCAUUUUUAAGAAAACGUUCAGGUCCCUGUCUCACAUAAACCCUGAUGUCCUUUACCCAUCUCUGAAUGUCACCAGCUUUGACUCAGCUGUCCCUGAAAAGCUCGAUGACCUGGUCCCCAAGGGAAAAAAAUUCCUGUUCCUCUCCAUCAACAGAUAUGAAAGGAAGAAAAAUCUGACUUUGGCACUGGAAGCCCUAGUAAAGCUGCGUGGAAGAUUGACAGCCCAAGACUGGGACAAAGUUCAUCUGAUCAUAGCAGGUGGUUAUGAUGAGAGAGUCCUGGAGAACGUGGAACACUAUCAAGAAUUGAAGAAAAUGGUCCAGCAGUCUGACCUUGACCAGUCUGUGACCUUCUUGCGGUCUUUUUCAGACAAACAGAAAAUCUCACUCCUCCAUGGCUGCACAUGUGUGAUUUACACACCAAGCAAUGAGCACUUCGGCAUCGUUCCUCUGGAGGCCAUGUACAUGCAGUGCCCAGUCAUCGCUGUUAAUUCAGGCGGGCCCUUAGAGUCCAUUGUCCACAGCGUCACAGGGUUCCUUUGUGAGCCUGACCCAGUGCACUUCUCCGAAGCAAUCGAAAAGUUCAUCCAUGAACCUUCCUUAAAAGCCUCGAUGGGACUGGCUGGCAGAGCCAGGGUGAAGGAAAAGUUUUCCUCUGAAGCAUUUAAAGAACAGCUUUACCAAUAUGUCACAAAACUGCUGGUAUAAUUAGAUUUUUUAAAGGUAUUUACGCUACUUUCAUUAAUAUCCUAUUUAUGGAUUGUAGACCCAGUUUUGAAACCAUAAACCUAGAAUCUAGUGGAGAAGAGUUUUAAAAAAAAUACACUUGAACCUUGACUCCAAGCUACCUUCCUGUACACCAUACCUUCCUAUCUACUUUUUCAGAAAAAUGCUUUUAUGUUGUAAUAAUUCUUAGUCUUAUCAGUGUUAAGAUUUAAAUGUGGCAUAAUUCCAUGUUCAGCAGAAUAUUUCAAUUAUAUUUUCUCUAGAUUAUUGCUGCUCUGCUUAUAAAUUUUUAGUCAUACUUGGUGUUGAUAGUUUAAGUGUAUCAUCAUCAAAGUUGAUUAUUUUGGCUUCACCACAUAAUGAGAACAGGGUCACUUUAGUUCCCAGAGUCAGACCACCUAAGUGCUCAUUGCCCUCUAUUGGGAGAUUUUUAUUUGCCAUACCUUUGCCUGGAUCCAUAGCAAGAAUGCACUGUGCUUUUUUACAAAGAUGAUUUAUUGUAUUUUUGCACACUGAGACAUGACAAUAAAAGAUGUUUAUCAUAGGAAGAGACAAUAAAAUACUAGUUUGGGGCUUCCGUUACCUAUAUGUGUAUAUGACAGCCAAACCUGAAGUCAGAAACUAAAGUAAACUGGAUAUUGAAAUGAAGAGAGAAUAUUGUGCAUGAGCUGUGCCUCUUGUUUAGGGUUUAGUUCUUAAUACCAUCUGAUUCAUCGGCCUUGUUAAUAUUUGUGUUGUAUUUAGUAAGCUCCUUCUAAGUAUGACACACAGAUGCUCUUUACCCUUCAAGGCUUGGCUCAUGCCACUGUGUGGAGCUUUUCUUGACCCUCCACCCACCUCCGAAAGUGGAAGUAAUCUGCCCUUUCUCGUAGUCUACCCCUUUCAUGGCACUGACUGGUCUUACAGUUCAUUGUUUACAUGUUGGUAAAAUAAACACAAAGCACUUCUCAACACACCUUUAAAGCUAAAUUCAUUUUUAAAGCAAAGAUCAUUAGCCAAGGGCUCCACAUUAAUCCACUCUAAGAGCACCGACCUGAGAGCCUAACAGCCUUUGUAACCUUGGGCAGGAUACUUAACCUCUGCCUCAGCUGCUUCAUCUGUAAGGUGGGAUAACUUUGUACUAUUCUACUUUCCUCAUAGGAUGGUUAUGACAGUAAAAUAAUACAUGUAAAGUAUUUAAAACAGUGGCACAUAGUAUAGGCUACAUAAACGUUAAGCUAUUUUGUAAUUUGGGGGUAUUGAAAAUUACUGUAGAAAUUCCAUGAGUCCAUGCUGUACUACUAUAUUGUUCUUUGGGGAUUCUUAAGAGGAUGACAUUUCAGGCUGCAAUUUAUCACAUAAGUCUGUAUCACAGGAGUAUUUUAAUGAAAUGACCUUACCAAAAAAAGGAGUUCUUUAAAAUGAGAGUGUCAAAUAUAUUGAGUCUUUUGUAGAAUAAAAAGUUCUGUUGAGUUGUC